GGCCUGGCCUACAUUAUAAUUAGGUGAAUGGUGAAUGUCAUAGACAUGAUUAAUAUCGAUCAAUGAGAGGAAGUCUAGGAUAGGAGGAUGAGAACAAAAGAUACAAGACCUUACCAUGACCAUUGAUGAUAUCAUGGAGGAACUGAAAAAUGCUCAUGGUGUUAUUGAUGCCCGUGAGUCCAGUAUCAACAGUUUAGAGUAUAACCUCACCAAUGAGAGAGGGAGGAUCAAGGAACUGACCAAAAGGAUGCCGUCACUAGAGACCAGACUAUCAGAAAUAAUGGAGGAGACCAGCUCAGUGAAGACACAGCUGGAGGAGAAGUCUACACAUCAAAGGCCCGGCCCUUCACUGGUUUCUGUAUAUUACAUACUUUGUGGCUUCUAUGAUGAUAUAAAAGUGGUAGACAGUAGGAGCUGAACUCAUUACAAUAGAGAAACAAUUAAAAUCAAUAAUAAUGGGAUCAGUAGUCCUAAGAAGAACAAUACUAGUUAUACUGAGUACAUGUUAUACAAAUGGACUAUUGCUCUCUGACUUGUAUCCAUAUGGUACAGAGUAUGGGGACUCCAUGAGCAUUGGAUCUGGUUUGUAUCGGCCUACACCAUUACUGGCUCCAAUUGAUAAUUUAGUUAUCCUUAGUCCAGCUGGACUUACAGCAACAAGUUAUAGAAUUUAUCGCGAUGGGAGCUUGGUAUUGGAAAAUGGUGCUAAUUGGAUCUCUUUGAGUUUGCUCCGGAUACUUACUGGUCAUUUUUUAAAUACUAAGAUAUAUGGUAGGAUUACUACUGAUCAAGUAUUGGUAAAGAGAGCUAUGGAUCAGAUUAAUGAAGAAUUUCCUAAUACUUUCUGCAGUACAUCUCCUCCUACACAAUUAAUAAUAGCAACAUGGAUAGAUUAUCUGAAGUUUGGCUCAAACUCAGGCAGUAACUUCCAGUUAAUAGUUGUAUCUGGUAGAUGCAAUACAUUUGGUAUUGCCUUUUUAUGUAAAUGUGAGCAUUACAUCAGCUGAUACUGGAUUAGCUUCAUUUAUUGAAGGUGAACAUGUACCCCCUGAUCCUACUUUCUUUCCAUUUGGUACUACUGUCAUGGAUGCCCCUACUAUGAUGCUUAAUAGUACCAUACCAGGGACAUAUAUAUUUUCUCUGAAUCAUAUGCCACCAAAUCCUUGCAAUGUAUGUAAAUCUAAGCUUCUCAAGAUGGCAUGUGAAGCUAUGAGGAGGAUUAAUGGUAAAAAACUACCAGCUCCUUGUCAUAACUAAUAAUCAUUCAAUUUUAUUGUGUUUUUGUGAUUGUUUUUGUAAUUAAAUAUUUUGAGUAGUGAAUUAUUCAAUUUUAAUAGCAGAGACUAGAGAUAUAGCUGUUAUGCAUUAUUUUUUGUCAUGGAUUAUUUUAAUUGUUGUAACAAAUAAAUGUCAGACAAG